AUGCCACCAUCACCUUCUUCCCCUAUCGCUUUCACUCCUCACACUCAACGGUUAGCUAUUCGAGCUGCGUUGGCAUUCUUUGCGUUCUUGCUCAUCCGUACAUUCUUCUUUUCAUCAUCACCUCAAUCCGAAGAAAUCCAAUCACAUGGUGUGUUCGAAAGAGUAUUAUUGAACGAUAAAUAUCUGGAUGUAUCGAAAUAUCCUUUCUUACAAAGCAGACAAGGAAGAGAUGAUAGACCAGAUAUGUUUGAUCAAGAAGUAUCAGAGGGAUUAUUAGAUUUCUGGACAAGAUUCCAAAAACCUUUCAUAACAGGGAAAGAUACAGCUCAUUUGGAUACGCAAGUGAUGCGCACUGUAAUCGAUGAUCUAUUACAAUUCAAUGGAUGGGUAGCUUCUGCUUGUCCAACUUUAGUCAGACCGUUUGGACAAAAUAGUAGAGAAGAUCAUUAUGAAGAUUUAGCAGCAAAAGAUCACUUGUAUUAUAUCGCCAUUGUGAUUCAUUCAGCAGAUCAUUUCUUGGUUGAUCAAUUAGCUAUCAUAGUUCAACUCGCUCGUCGAUUAGGUACAAGGAAUAUAUUCGUCUCAAUGUUAGAUCAAGCUUCAACCGAUUCAACACCAACCUUGGCCGAUCUAUGUGAAUCAGUAAUGACGAUUCUCGGUAUCGCUUUCAGGAUUAGACGAGUACCUCCCAUGACAGUUGAUCCAGCCGCCACGUAUUACCCAUUGGAAGAGGCCGAAGCUAGAAAUCUGGCUCUUGAACCUCUACAUGAAUUAUGGAACAGAAGAUCAAUCAAAUUCCACCGUGUGGUCUGGCUCAAAGGUUUCACUUGUCCAAAUGAUGUUUUGGAAAGUUUGAGAGUUAGUGAGGCCAACAAUGCCGCUAUGGUCUGUGGAAUGGAUUGGGCGGAGCACAAUGGGUUCUUCAUCUUCUCCGAUCGAUGGAGAACCCGAGAUAUUGAAGGAAAUUUAUUCCGACAAGCUAAAUCGAAUUCCAAACCUGAAGCUGGUCCACCUCGAGAUAAGAUGGGUACAGAGAGAUUUACUCAUCACUUACCUUUCCAAGUAUACUGUUGCGAGUCUGGUACCCAUGUUGUCGAUCCUGAACAAUCAUACUAUCGAGAAAUACAUUAUCGAGCAUCCCCAUUAUCGCAUAAUUUGUCAACAACGCAAGAACAACCUAAUUGGGAUCCCGAGAUGCCAUGUAUGGAUUCCACUCAAAUGUGGUUCUGUCGUGAUCUUUGGACAGACGCCGCCAGAGGUGGAUUAAAAGGUGGUAAGAAAGGACAUCAAAAGCUUUCGGGUUCACAUAAAAGGGAUCUUUCAGAUCAUUUCGAUGAUGAUCUCCUACCUGAAUCUACUGUCCAAUUCCAAAAGAGGGAUGCAGAAGGAGAUAGUCAAGUGAAAGAAAGACAAGUUGGAGAAGAUGAAGAUUCAGGAACUGAUGUAGAUGCAAUGGCUGAAGAUGCUUCGAACCCCGCACCUGAACCACUAAAACAACAAGAACUACCCGCAUCAGCGUUUUUGAUUCCAAACUCGGCAUUUACACCAGCAAGGAUAUUAGUGAAUCCAAGAUGUAUCACCACAUAUGGAGGUGUAUCACACACUCAACUGGCAUUAGAUUUAUUCGGUGGUCCACACGGCGAAGAUCCAGCUCAUAAUUCUGGAAAUUACGUCUUGGAAGAUUGGGCAGGUCCUCCUGAUUCCUUCGUUUGUCAAGAGAUGAGAACCACAGGUGGUCGAACAGCUCCUAAAUCUCAAAGAAGAGUGGGCUUCUUACUUCAAAAUGAGGUUGGAAUCUAA